UGAACAAAACUUCUUCUUCAUUUGUUCUCCUCAAACAGUUAGUUUCGUGUUCUUCUCUAAUUAAAUUAAUAAAUUAUUAUUAUUAGACCUUGUCUCUCUGUCUGUCAUCUAUUUCGGUUUAGUUUUUGUCUUUGUAGUAGUAGAGUCUGUCAGAGGUUUUUAGAUUAGAAUAAACAAAACAAAGAAAUUCGAUAACACUUCUCCAUCGUCUGAUCUUAAAUCCUUCAAACCCUUUACUUGAUUCCCAUCCACUAAUUGCAUCUAAUUCUCUCUUCAAACCACCUCACUUUCCUCUACUGUUACAUGAAUUGAAGAGCAUCAUAUGUUAGGUUAGUUCAUAAACAUAUAGUUAUCCCUUUUCUUUCUUUUCACUGAGACUUUGACUUUUUUUCUUUCUUUUCUCUUAAUUUCUCUCUCUAUCUCAUGGAUCACAACAACAAGUGAAAUCAAACAAAACAAAACAAAUCAACAUCAUCUAGUAGCAAUUCUGGCUAAUCCUUGGUGGACAAUUCAAGGUGGGUUAUCUGGGGUUGACCCAGGAACCCAUUCACCCAAUCUUGUAAACAAACACCACAACACAAUCAACGAAGAAGAAGAAGAAGAAGACGACAACCAUGAAGAUGAACCAAGAGAAGGUGCAGUUGAAAUCGGAAACCGCAGACCAAGAGGAAGACCACCUGGAUCCAAAAACCGACCUAAACCACCCAUCUUUGUAACAAGAGAUAGCCCAAAUGCUUUGAAAAGCCAUGUGAUGGAGGUAGCCGGUGGAGCUGAUAUAGCGGAAAGUGUCGCACAAUUCGCUAGGAAGCGUCAACGUGGCGUUUGUGUUCUAAGUGGAAGUGGUUCAGUAGCUAAUGUUACUCUUAGACAACCUUCAGCUCCUGGUGCUGUUGUAGCACUUCAUGGUAGGUUUGAGAUUUUGUCCUUAACAGGGACAUUUCUACCUGGUCCUGCUCCUCCAGGGUCAACUGGUUUAACAGUCUAUCUGGCUGGAGGACAGGGUCAGGUAGUUGGAGGUUGUGUUGUUGGAACUCUUGUUGCUGUUGGACCUGUUAUGCUUAUUUCCGCUACUUUUACUAAUGCAACUUAUGAAAGACUUCCACUUGAUGAUAAUGAUGAUGAUGAUAAUAAUAAUAAUAAUAAUAACAACGAAGGACUGAGUUCUGCGGCCGGUGCACAAGGUGGAGGUGGAUCUCCUCCGCCGGGAAUUGGAGGUCAUCAAUUGCAAGGUGGGAUUCCAGAUCCAUCUUCUUUGCCUUUAUAUAAUUUGCCACCAAACUUGUUGCCUAAUAAUGGAGGGCAGAUGGGACAUGAGGCAGCUCUUGCUUGGGCUGCUCAUGGAAGGCCACCUUACUAAGGAUGAUCAGUUGGCUUGUGUGGAUUUGCUGAUAAUUGAGAGAGGUAUAGAGAUCAUGUCUAAAAAUCAAAAUUUAGAUUUGUGAAUUUGUCUUGUAUUUUGAAGGAUAGAUAUUGGAAAAUGUUAGAGCAGUGUUGAUUUUAUAUAACUGUGAAGAAGAAGAAGAUCCUUUGUGGAAGCAUGCUUCUUAGUAUUAUUGAUGUAUAUGGAUUAUGAACUAUUUUUUCUCUCUCUUUUGUUUCUGUGUUUUGAAUAAAUAAAAGAUGACUGUGGGAGUCUUUUAAGUAGUAUA